UGAUGUGUGCCCAGGGUCUGCAGGCCAAGGAUAAGACAGGUUCCAGUGACCCCUAUGUGACUGUCCAGGUAGGGAAGACCAAACGGCGUACCAAGACCAUCUUUGGGAACCUCAACCCUGUCUGGGACGAGAAGUUCUUCUUCGAGUGUCACAACGCUACAGACCGGAUCAAGGUGCGUGUGUGGGAUGAGGAUGAUGACAUCAAGUCUCGCAUGAAACAACACUUCAAACGAGAGUCGGACGACUUCCUGGGUCAGACCAUCAUCGAGGUCCGCAUGCUCAGCGGGGAGAUGGAUGUGUGGUACAACCUGGAUAAGAGAACUGAUAAGUCGAUGGUGUCGGGAGCCAUCAGAUUGAAGCUCAACGUGGAGAUGAAGGGAGAGGAGAAAGUAGCUCCGCCCCACGGCCAGUACACCUGUUUACACGAGAACCUGUUCCACCACCUGACGGAGGUAAAGAACAGUGGAGCGGUGAAGAUCCCAGAGGUGAAAGGAGAGGAGGCGUGGAAGGUCUACUAUGACGACGUGUCCCAGGAGAUAGUGGACGAGUUCGCCAUGAGAUACGGAGUAGAGUCCAUCUACCAGGCCAUGACGCAUUUCUCCUGUCUGUCCUCUAAGUACAUGUGUCCGGGGGUCCCAGCGGUGAUGAGUAACCUGCUAGCCAACAUCAACGCCUACUUUGCCCACACCACCACCGUCUCAACCAACAUCUCUGCCUCCGACCGCUUCGCUGCAUCCAACUUUGGGAGAGAAAAAUUUGUCAAACUUCUAGAUCAGCUGCACAACUCUCUGAGGAUUGAUCUGUCCAAGUACCGGGAUAAUUUCCCAGCUGGUAACCCAGAGCGUCUCCAGGACCUGAAGUCUACUGUGGACCUUCUCACCAGCAUCACCUUCUUCAGGAUGAAGGUACAGGAGCUACAGAGUCCUCCCAGAGCCAGUAUGGUGGUGAAGGACUGUGUCAGAGCCUGUCUGGACUCAACAUACAAAUACAUCUUUGACAACUGUCAUGAACUCUACAACCAGCUACUAGACCAGGCCCGUAAGCAGAAUCUUCCCCGAGAGGAGCAGGGUCCGUCUAUAAAGAACCUGGACUUCUGGCCCAAGCUCAUCACUCUCAUGGUGUCUGUAAUCGACGAGGACCGCACCGCCUACACCCCUGUCAUCAACCAAUUUCCCCAAGAGCUGAAUAUGGGGAAGGUCAGCGCUGAGUUCAUAUGGAACCUGUUUGCCCUGGACAUGAAAUACGCCAUGGAAGAGCACGAUAAGCACCGUCUAUGCAAGAGCACAGAGUACAUGAACCUUCACUUUAAAGUCAAGUGGUUCCACAACGAGUACGUCCGUGAACUGGCUGCCUUCAAGGACACACCCCCUGAGUAUUCUCUGUGGUUCGAGCCGUUUGUCAUUCAGUGGCUGUCUGAGAAUGAGGAUGUUGCCAUGGACUUCCUACACGGAGCUCUGGGGAGCGACAAGAAGCUUGGCUUCCAGCCAACGUCGGAACAUGUCCUGUUCUCCUGUUCGGUGGUGGAUGUGUUCACUCAGCUCAACCAGAGUUUUGAGAUCAUUAAGAAGCUGGAGUGCCCCAACCCACAGGCCCUGGCUCACUUCAUGUGCCGCUUUGCUAAGACCAUCAACAAGGUUCUGUUGCAGUAUGCUGCAAUCAUAACCAAGGAUUUUGGCUUGUAUCUGAACCAGGAGAAAGUGCCCUGCAUCCUCAUCAACAACAUCCAACAGCUCAGAGUUCAGCUGGAGAAGAUGUUUGAGUCCAUGGGAGGCAAACAGCUGGAUGCUGAGGCCAGUGAACUACUGAAGGAACUGCAGAACAAACUCAACACCGUGCUGGAUGAGCUCAGUGCAGUCUUUGGCUCCAGUUUCAAACCGGUGAUUGAGGACUGUGUAAAGCAGAUGAACCAGGAAUUAGUUCAGAUGAAGGGGAGUGCUGCAGGGAAGAGCAACGCUGCCAUGGAUGCUGAGACUGUCCUCAGACCACUCAUGGACCUCCUGGAUAAAAAUUUGAUUCUAUUUGCAAAGAUCUGUGAGAAGACGGUGUUGAAACGAGUCCUGAAGGAACUGUGGAAAAUCGUCAUCAUCACUAUUGAGAGAAUGAUAGUCUUACCACCUCUCAACGACCAGAAUCAAGGAGCCCAGAUGAUUUUCAGUGCUGCCAAGGACCUGGGACAGCUAUCCAAACUCAAGGACCAUGUGAUCAGAGAGGAAGCCCGUAGCCUGACACCAAGACAGUGUGCAGCUAUGGACCUUGUCCUUCCCACCAUCAAGCAAUAUUUCCACGCCGGAGGAAACGGUCUGAAGAAGACGUUCCUUGAGAAGAGCCCUGACCUCAAGUCCCUCAAAUACGCUCUGAGCCUUUACACACAGCCUACCGAUGCCUUGAUCAAGAAGUAUAUAUGCACCCAAACCUCUCAAGGUCAGUCUACCGACAGCUCCGUGGGGGAGGUGUCCAUGCAGGUGGAUCUCAUCUCUCACCCUGGCACUGGAGAGCACAAAGUCAACGUGAAGGUGGUGGGGGUCAACAACCUAAGCUGGCAGACCAAUGCCAUGUUCCGACCGUUCGUGGAGGUGAAUGCGGUUGGGCCGCACCUCGCCGACAAGAAACGCAAGUUCACCACCAAGACCAAGAACAACAAUUGGUCACCAAAGUACAACGAAACAUUCCAAUAUGUUCUGAGCAAUGAGUACGGUCCAGAGUGCUACGAGCUGCACGUCUCAGUGAAGGACUACUGCUUCGCCAGAGAGGACCGUAUCAUCGGCAUGGCGGUCCUCCAGCUCAGAGACCUGGCCGACCAGGGGAGCUGCUGUGCCUGCUACCCCCUGGUGAAGAGCAUCUCCAUGGACGACACCGGACUCACCAUCAUGAGGAUACUCUCUCAAAGGACCAACGACGAAGUGGCCAAAGAGUUUUGUCGUCUCAAGACCGACGUACGCUCUUCAGAGGAGGUGGCCUCCUAGUAUGGAGAUGUGAGGGAGGAAGGGAUGGAAUGAAUGGAUGAUUGCAUGGAAGGGAAGAGAGGAGGGGAAGAGUGGGAGGGAGGCACGGGUAAGGAAGGAAGGAAGGAAGGAAGGAAGGAAGGAAGGAAGGAAGGAAGGAAGGAAGGAAGGAAGGAAGGAAGGAAGGAAGGAAGGAAGGAAGGAAGGAAGGAAGGAAGGAAGGAAGGAAGGAAGGAAGGAAGGAAGGAAGGAAGGAAGGAAGGAAGGAAGGAAGGAAGGAAGGAAGGAAGGAAGGAAGACAGUUGAGGAGUUGUGUUGUCUGUUUUUGUGCAUGUGCGUAAAACAUCUGUUGGAAUGUUCAUUUUAAACUACAGUAUGUACCAGUGUUUACUUACCGUAUGCUCAAUAUUAAGUACUAUAUUCUACGAGUUAUGUUAACGAGACAUGAAAUACCUUUUUGUAAAACAUUUAGAUUUGUUCCAAUAAAGUGCCAAACCAGAGGAAAAAUAGUACAACAACAAAACAAACAACAAAAGAUAAUAGUGAUGAAUUAUGGUGAUACUUAAUGUUUGAUGAAAAAUUUGCUUGAUUAUUUGGUUCAGUGUAAAAUCAUUCUCUCAUAAAAACGGUGGCGUUUUAAUCGUUAAAAAUCGUCCAUUUGCACCCUCGUUUUGUUACUCGUCCACUCACACAGCACUUGUUGUGCAUGUCCCGUUUACAACCAUGUCUCUUCCAUCAUCUCACAGUGACCACAGGGUCGGGGUCCAUGUACCCUGGCCCUAAAACUCUUUGUAUUUAAGCCGAAACCUGAAAAGAGACCAUUUUUUUAACGGCGAUGACUGCUAUGUAAACCUUCAUAGGUGUUUGUAAUUUUAUAACCAUGACAACAACGAAAAGCCUCCAGUGCUGUCAGUCUACACAGAAAGGGUGGAUCCUAUCUCCUCUUUUUCUUUUUGCCUGUAAUCUUUCCGUUCGGCCAUCGGCUUCCAGCCUUUCUGUACGACCACUGUGAACACGAGCUUUGGAAGGCAAGCCUAGAUAACAUUGCUGACGGUUUGAUAUUGUUGUUUCAUAUUUAUUAAAAUAACUUUGUUCCUGAGAAACUGCCAAAGUUAUAUAAAAAUGUUUGUACAAAAGCAAUCCAUUACAUGUAUGAAAAAUAUAUAUGUACAUGUGAACUAUUUACUUUUACAAUGCUAAAUAUCUGAUUGUUGAUGGGCGGUUCUAGAACUAUUGUUUUGAGUUUGUGUGAAGCUUUGAGAGUCACAAAAUGUUACUUUACACAUGAGUUGAAUUCAGCUUCUGCCAUUUGGUUUAUUUUUCUUCAUAAAGGAAAGAGUCUAACAUUGGGUAAAUAUGCAACAUUCCUAUGUAUUGCACUGAUGGCGAAUUGUAUGUCAUGUAAAUAUAUUUAGUGAGAAAUUGUACAAAACAACCGUCUCCUUUAUUUCCAACACAUUGUUCAAAGUGUUUUAUUGUUGUUUAGUGAUCUGAUACAUUCAUUCAGUGAUAUAAUCCUAUAUGCUGUAGCCUCUAUAUACAGUAUCUAUUGCCAGAAGAAAUGACACGUCUCAAAUGGAAUGACAGAGUAAUGUACCGUAUGGCCCACAGAGAUCCUAUAAAUCACUAGAGUUCUAAUUCAUUCUAUUGUAUGAACCUUCCCACAUAAAGAUGCAAUCUGUAACUUCAUUGUCCCCUGUGGCCCUGGGCUCAAAUGAAACCCACCCAGUAAUCAAUUCUAACCUUUCCUACCCCUCUCCUGGGGGUCCACCAGACAGUGCUCAUUUUCGCGCUAGCCCUGACGUUCCAAGGCUGAGAAUACUUUAACACUAAUCAGUAGAGGACAUUUUCAAUGCCCCUUUUGAAGCUCAGAGUCAGAAUGAAAUUACUCACAGGUCCGGUUCAAACUGGGUGUGUCAAAAAAAGGUAAUAAUUUAAUUGGUUCUACCCAGCGGAUCAAGGUGCGUAUCCUUGGCCUACGGGCCCUGGUCAAAUGUAGUGCACUAUAUUGUAAAUAUGGUGCCAUUUGAGAAGCUAACCAAUAAAGAACACCCACCAUGGAC